GUCAAGGCCGUUGGGUCCACGGUUGGAUAUCUGCGGGGUCCCGAGGCUGUGGAGGCCGGAGAGAGGCGGACAGGAGAGGCCCGGAGCUGAGGACCGAGACUUGAAUAAGCAUAUAUAAGAACCAUGGAUGAAGAACCUGAGAGAACUAAGCGGUGGGAAGGAGGCUAUGAGCGAACCUGGGAAAUUCUUAAAGAAGAUGAAACUGGAUCACUUAAAGCUACAAUAGAAGAUAUUCUCUUCAAGGCAAAGAGGAAAAGAGUGUUUGAGCACCAUGGACAAGUUCGACUUGGAAUGAUGCGCCACCUGUAUGUGGUGGUGGAUGGGUCGAGAACAAUGGAAGAUCAGGAUUUAAAGCCCAAUAGACUGACGUGCACUUUAAAGUUGUUGGAAUACUUUGUAGAAGAAUAUUUUGAUCAAAACCCUAUCAGUCAGAUUGGAAUAAUUGUAACUAAGAGUAAAAGAGCUGAAAAACUGACUGAACUUUCAGGAAACCCAAGGAAACAUAUAACAUCUUUGAAGAAAGCUAUAGAUAUGACCUGCCAUGGAGAACCAUCACUCUAUAAUUCCUUAAGCAUGGCUAUGCAAACCCUAAAACACAUGCCUGGACAUACAAGUAGAGAAGUACUAAUCAUCUUCAGCAGCCUUACAACCUGUGAUCCAUCUAAUAUUUAUGAUCUCAUCAAGACCCUGAAGACAGCUAAAAUUAGAGUGUCUGUUAUUGGAUUAUCUGCGGAAGUUCGAGUUUGUACUGUACUUGCUCGUGAAACUGGUGGCACAUACCAUGUUAUCUUGGAUGAAACCCAUUUCAAGGAGUUGUUAGCACAUCAUGUGAGCCCUCCUCCUGCCAGCUCAAGCUCCGAGUGCUCUCUUAUCCGCAUGGGAUUCCCUCAGCAUACCAUUGCUUCAUUGUCUGAUCAGGAUGCAAAACCAUCCUUCAGUAUGGCGCAUUUGGAUAGUAGCAGCAGUGAGCCAGGGCUUACAUUGGGAGGCUACUUCUGUCCACAGUGUCGAGCAAAGUACUGUGAGCUUCCUGUUGAAUGUAAAAUAUGUGGUCUUACUUUGGUGUCUGCACCUCAUUUGGCAAGAUCUUACCAUCACUUAUUUCCUUUGGAUGCUUUUCAAGAAAUUCCCCUAGAAGAAUAUAAAGGAGAAAGAUUUUGUUAUGGAUGCCAGGGGGAAUUGAAAGACCAACAUCUCUAUGUUUGCACAGUGUGCCAAAAUGUUUUCUGUGUGGACUGCGAUGUCUUUGUUCAUGACUCUCUCCACUGUUGUCCUGGCUGUAUUCAUAAGAUCCCAACUCCUUCAGUGCACCAUGAUUGAUCAGCUAGCUGAAAACAAACUGCUGAAUUAAAGAAGUUUUCUUCUUAUUGGAUGAAAAUGGAGAUGACUGUGGGAACAUGACAGCAAAGGAACUUGGCUCUCCCAUAUAGUCACUGACAAAACCCAACAAGCCAAAUUUCAGGAUAUGACCAAUGAGCUAGCACCAUUGACAUCCCAGAAUUUUUUCUCUGAUGGAAAAAAGAAAGAAAAAAGAAGAUUGCGAAUGCUGUACUUCACAUGGUCUCUGCUUCAUUUCUUCUUGCCUCUAGGUACCUGCUUUGAGUUCUUGCCUUGGCGACCCGCAGUGAUGGACCGUUAGCUGUGAGCCAAAAGAGCUUUUCCUUUACUGAGCUGGUUAUGGUUAGGUUUUAUCACAGGAACAGAAAAUAAACUAGGGCAGUGUGCAUUUGAAAAUGUUCUUUUUCAUGUGUACACAUCUUGCUUAAGAAAGUGGUGUCAAAAAACAUUACUUUAAAACUCAAGGUGGGACAGGGUCUCUGCCUAUAGGGAUCAUACAAUUCGGGAUGGAACUAGGGCCUUGGCUCCAUUGAUUUAUUUAAGGACUUAGUUUUUGACUUUAGUGAUCCCAGAGUUUACCUCAGUCCCUGGGCUGUGGCUCCAGUGGUCCCAGAGAUCAUCUUGAGACGUGACCUUUGAUCUGAAUCUGAGUCAUCUGCGGGUUCAUCUUAGGACACUUAGUACAUCUUAGUUGUCUGUAGUAGUCCCAAAGUUUAUCUUGGUAAAGUAUCUUUAGCUCCAGGGGUCCAAGAUGUCUGUACAACAAAGGGUUUUGGUUUUAGCAGUCCCUGAGUUUAUUUAUCUUCAAGUCAGACAUUUGGCUAUAGUAGCUCUAGAGUUCAUCAUAGGAUAGGGCUUUUGGCUCUAGAGGUCUCAGCACUGACUGUUGUGCAAAGGCUUUGGCUCUAACGCUCUUAGAGAUCACUAUAAAACUGAAGUUCUGAUUCUUCUUCUUAGUCAGAAUUCAAGGUGAAACCGGCAUUUGGACUCCAGCCCCAAGCAGAUUCAGAGUUCAGCAUUCCACUGGGGUUUUUACUCCAUGUGGCCACUCUGGUGAUCAGUGUGUGGUGGUCCUGUUAUUACCCUGUCACGUCUAGGUCACCUCAGUAAACCUGCUUUGGAGUCAACAAGCUUCACCAGUCUUGAUAGCUGAGAUUCGUGAAGACUCACAGAAAAAAGACAACUCUAUUCUAACCAGAAAGUUGGAAGAGACCUGAAAACUGUAAGAUAAAUCCAAUCAACUAAUACAACACCAAAAGAAAAUUAAAUGACAAAACAACCCAUCACAACAUUCAUUCCAAGCCUCCCAACUACCUUAUAAUGGAAGCCAAAAUCAAUGAGAUAGAUGACAUGUCUGAGAAAGAAUCCAGUCUUAACUUUUUAUAAGAAUGCCUCAAGGAGAAGGAUGAGUACAUCUAUCCAAAACUUACACAAGAGAGUCUACAGAGAGGAUGAAAAUUUAAUAAUUUGGAGGAGAAAGUCUAGUAUAUGAAGGGAAAACUCAGGAAGGGGAAUUGAAACAUUAAAAGCAAAAUAGAAAUACUGAAAGGGAAGGAAAUAGUCAAUUAAAUAAAAACCACAUUGGGAAGUAUUGCCAACAGACAAGACCAUGCAGAAGAACGAACAUAAGAGAUGAGAAUACAAAGAGAAGACAGCUAUAUGAACAGACAUAUAUAAGGAGAAAAUUAAGCACGAAUGAUAUUUCCAUGAAGUCUGAGAUGCAUUUAGGAGGGCAUGGUGUAGAAGGUGCAGAGAUAAAAGGAAUAGAUAAUGUUUAAUGAAAUACUAGAAAUGUCUGAAACCCAGCAAAUGAAGUCGAUGUCCGAAUACAACAGGCAUUCACAAUACUGAAUCAAUACACCUAGUAAAGAAAUUCACCAUACUUCAUAGUCAAUAUGUCAGAAAUACAAAGUAAAUACUAUUAGCAUGGUGUGAGAAAUACAUCAGCUCAUCUUGCCAAAGCAGGAAUAGCUAAAUAGAUCAUUUAUCUGUACCCAGAAAAGCAUGAACUGAUAUAUUUGAAGUUCCAAAAGGAACUCUGAAUCAAGAGUGAUAUACCCAGAAAAGUUAACUUUCACAGUUGAUGAAGAAUAUGGAUUUUUCAAGACAAACACAAAUGAAUGUUAUUUAUGGCAGUCAAACCAACAUUGCAGGAUGUUAAAGGAAUACUAUAGAGCACUGGUUCUCAGCUCUCCUGAUGCUAUGACCUCUUGGUGACCAAUAACUAUAAAAUUAUUUCAUUGCUACUUCA